CGGAGUCUAAGGGGGGGAACCGCCCAGGGGGACGUGGUUUUAUUUUACUUUAUUUUUUAUUUUUAUUUUUUUUUCCUGUAUGAAGCGGUUGGCACCACUGAAGUGACCGAAUGAGAGACUCUACAGGGGCGUGUAAUUCAUUGGUCCAUAAGCGGUCUCCUUUACGUCGAAACCAAAAGACCCCGACAUCCUUGACCAAACUGUCUUUACAGGAUGGACAAAAAGCCAAAAAGCCAGCAUGUAAAUUUGAAGAAGGUCAGGAUGUCCUAGCUAGAUGGUCAGAUGGCUUAUUUUAUCUUGGAACUAUCAAAAAGAUAAACAUAUUGAAACAGAGCUGUUUCAUCAUAUUUGAAGAUAGUUCUAAAUCCUGGGUUCUCUGGAAGGACAUACAAACAGGAGCCACUGGAAGUGGGGAAAUGGUCUGUACAAUAUGUCAGGAAGAGUAUUCAGAAGCUCCUAAUGAAAUGGUUAUAUGUGAUAAGUGUGGACAGGGAUAUCAUCAGUUGUGCCAUACACCUAAUAUUGAUUCCAGCGUGAUUGAUUCCGAUGAAAAAUGGCUCUGUAGACAGUGUGUUUUUGCAACAACAACAAAGAGGGGUGGUGCGCUUAAGAAAGGACCAAAUGCCAAAGCAUUGCAAGUCAUGAAGCAGACUUUACCCUAUAGUGUGGCAGACCUAGAAUGGGAUCCAGGCCAUAAGACCAAUGCUCAGCAGUGUUACUGCUACUGUGGAGGCCCUGGAGACUGGUAUUUAAAAAUGUUGCAGUGCUGCAAAUGUAAGCAGUGGUUUCAUGAGGCUUGUGUGCAAUGCCUUCAAAAGCCAAUGUUAUUUGGUGACAGAUUUUAUACAUUCAUUUGCUCUGUCUGUAGUUCUGGACCAGAAUACCUCAAACGUCUGCCCUUACAAUGGGUAGAUAUAGCACACCUUUGCCUUUACAACCUAAGUGUUAUUCACAAGAAGAAAUACUUUGAUUCUGAACUUGAACUUAUGACGUACAUUAAUGAAAACUGGGAUAGAUUGCACCCUGGAGAGCUGGCAGACACACCAAAAUCUGAAAGAUAUGAGCAUGUUCUGGAGGCAUUAAAUGAUUACAAGACCAUGUUUAUGUCAGGAAAAGAAAUAAAGAAGAAGAAACAUUUAUUUGGAUUGAGAAUUCGUGUUCCUCCUGUGCCACCCAAUGUGGCUUUUAAAGCAGAGAAAGAACCUGAAGGAACAUCUCAUGAAUUCAAAAUUAAGGGUAGAAAAGCAUCUAAACCUAUACCUGACCCAAGGGAUAUAAGUAAUGGUAUAGAAAAGAAAGGAAAGAAAAAAUCUGUAGGUCGCCCACCUGGCCCAUAUACAAGAAAGAUGAUUCAAAAGACUUCUGAACCAUCUUCUUUGGAAAAGGAAUCAGUUCCAGAGAAUCCUAUCUUGGAUGUACCUUCCUCUGUAGGGAAACCUGAUGGAACUGCACAUUCAUCUAAUACCUCAGAUGUGGACUUCACGGGUGCUGCCAGUACAAAAGAAACUACCUCAUCUACCAUUUCCAGGCAUUAUGGUUUAUCUGACUCCAGAAAGAGAACUCGAACAGGAAGAUCGUGGCCUACUGCAAUACCACACCUGCGGAGAAGAAGGGGGCGCCUUCCUCGGAAAGCACUCCAGACGCAGAAUUCUGAAAUUGUAAAAGAUGAUGAAGGCAAAGAAGAUUAUCAGUUUGAUGAACUUAACACAGAAAUUCUUAAUAAUUUAGCAGAUCAGGAAUUACAGCUUAAUCAUCUAAAGAACUCUAUUACCAGUUAUUUUGGUGCUGCAGGUAGAAUAGCAUGUGGUGAAAAAUAUAGAGUAUUGGCUCGCCGAGUGACACUUGAUGGAAAGGUGCAGUAUCUGGUGGAGUGGGAAGGAGCAACUGCAUCCUGACUGUAGGACUGAUCGAACAUUAUGUUCACUGCACUCGCAUCUUCUGUAGAUACAGUUGAGAGCCCUGAAGGAGCUGGCUUUUACUCUGAAAACACAUUCAUACAACUACACAUACACACACACACACACACACACACUCUAAACAAACAUCACAAGGAAAUAUUAGCCUUAACAUAUACCUGUUAACAAAAUGGAUAUUGUCAUAAAAACUAUCUUUUAAAAUCAGAACAGAGACUUAAUUUUUUAAUCUUAAGAUUUGUAGAUUGUUUCUAGAAUAGGUUAUUAAAAUGAUUCAAACUUGUGCAUGGUGUUAGAUGAUUUUUCUAGGUAUUCCAUUGAGUCAGUUCUUGUGAUUAGUGGUUUUCAGUGCAAACAGAUCAUGUAGAUAGCACAAGUCUUUGGAGAAACGUUGUCUGUUUUGUUACCAAAAUGUUUGCAAAAAUGAAUUUCUAUUUCAAUACCUUUUAGAUUUCGUAAAGUGCAGUGUAUAUAAUGCCUACUGAAAGACUGUAAAAUAUUGAAAUUUUUCUUUCAAGCAAAGUGUAAAAAAUAUAUUGAGCCUGUAAAUUGCUCCAUGACUAGACUUCAUUGUCGUCUUAAUAUAUUCUUUGCAUGUGCAUAUAUAUAUAUAUACACAUAACUAUAUGUAUAUAUAUGUGUGUGAUUAUGUGACCUAUGCAAUACAAAUUAUGGGAACGGGCAGCUUUGGAGUAUAUAUAUAUAUAUAUAUGUGUGUGUGUGUGUGUGUGUGUAUGUAUAUAUAUAUAUAUCCCAUAAUUCUUUUUUCAGGAAUAGUUGCAGUAUUUACACAGCAGCAUUUCUUCUCAGGCUUUAUCAGGUGCUGUUGCUUGCUAUAUAUGAAGAGAAAUAUGUCAAACCAGUGCAGUGUGUUCUGAUGAAAGGGUGUGAACAACAGUGUUCAUGGGCUUCGUGUAAUGCUUUUCAGUUCUGGUCCUUGUAACUCAGCUGUUCAGAACCUAAAACAAAAAUCAGAUACAAACAUUAUCUUCUACUAGAAGUAGCGUGUUCAAGUUUUUGUGGCACAUUAUGAUUGUAAAUGUCUCCCAGUUUUAACAAGUCUGUAGGGAUUCCACAAAAGAUUCCUAUAGCAUCUAUAGUAAUGUUAGUCAUGUUUGAUAAAUGUAGUAGAAUGAACAAAGUAUUUUAUUGCACAGGGUUCACAAACAGUAUGUUGCCUGUUUAGGCUACCACUGUUUUUAUUACAACAUUACCUCUUGUUUUUAUAAAAUGUACCAAGUUUUAAAUUGAUAACUUUAUUUUACAUGUAAAAAGACAAUUUCUUUUAUCACCAGUGUUAGAUGUAUUUUCUUUGUCUUUUUCCUUUUGGGAUUUUUUUUAUUGGUUUGUUUUUUGGGGUUUUUUUAGCCAAAGAGUAAACAGAAGAAUAUUCAUAUUUUGGUGGCUAUUCAUUUUACUCUUAAAAAUGACUGAUGUUGUUUAGCUUAAAAACUGGGAAUUUGCCACCAAAUUGAAAAAUAUGUAAGGUUGUCGUAGAAGAUUGGUUAAAAAUGUGGAUUAGUGCUUAUUUAUUCCAUGAAUUGAUUAUUUGACUGUUUAUAAAAAAAAGAAUUGUUUUAUUUCCUUAAACAUCUUCAAAAGAUGACUUUUUCCUGUCACAUCAUAGCCAAAAGAAGCAGAGAACAUGGUUGUCCUUUUACUUGGUUUCUUGGUCAACCAGGUGUAAAGGAGAUUUACAAAAGUGCACAUUAAAAACUCACUUCUGUUUGCCACUGCCAGAACCUGAUUUUCCCCCUAGCUAUUCAUUUAAAGUUGCCUUUCCUGCAGCUGCAAUAUUUUGAUAACACAAAGUUUGUGUUGAUUUUUGAAUGUUUGUUUAAAUCUAGGGGUAAUGAAAAAAGAAGUGUAAAUCCAGUGUAAUAUGAUUCACUCCACUUGUAUUCACGUUAUUUCAUUCUCCCAAAGUCCUUUAAUUCUAACUGAACACCAGCAGUAUUUGUAGUAAAGCUUUCUAUAACAUGCUUGGAAGACAAUUUAUCCAGCUAAACUGUCUUUAGAUUUAAUUAUUGUGAAUGUCUGUUCAAUUUUAUCUUGGUGAUUCACGUGGCUCUGAUGUUCAGUUUGUAUUUUUGGAAUUGCUUUACUUAGAAUUAAAACAGACCAAUAUUAAAUGUGUGUAUUUUUAAAAGAGAUAAUGAGUUUUGCUUUUGUAUUUGUUUUAAAAUACACACUGGUGCAGUAAUUAACUGAUCUUAGCCAUGGAGGUAAGGAUUUUCCAACUCCACUGCUAAUAUAUUUAGUUCUAAUUGAUGGUUGAAAACUUUUACUGCACUCAUUCUCCCCCCUUACCUUCCAAAGUAAAUAAGUAAUUAUUUCAGGACCAUCUUAAAUUGCCUGCUUGACAAAUAAUAAAUUUAACAUUUAUCCGUCAUGCAUAUUAAAUAUUUGAUUUCUUCCCCUCAAAAAAGUAACCCAAUUAAAUUUUCAUCCUGCUUUUCAACAGGAUCUUUGUGUUAGGAUUCUCCAGAAUUCAGUUUUAAAAUCUGCUACAUACUGUAAAGGAAGAUACUGAUUUUUAAAAUUCAUUUUAUCCAGAGUUAAAUUGUCAUGCAAGGAAUUAUUUUUAACCAUGGUUUUCUUUACUCUGCUACUAAGAAAUGAUAUAUCUUUAGAAUUUCAGAUAAAUGUGACCAUAAUACAAAUAUCAAAAUAAUGCUAGUAAAUAUUCUUGUCUUUUGUAAGAUGUAAUGCAGUUGUCAAGGUCUUCAAUAUUCUUGUAUCAAACUUUGCCAAGAAAUGAAAGCAAACUAGGAGUGUGAGAGACCAUUUUUUGUAUUUUGUGUGUGUUUAUUUAUGUACAGUAUAUGUUUGAUAAUGUAGAAUGUACAACAAUUCUUUCUUGCUGAGGCUUUUACUGUAUACUGUUAGGUUUGGAGGGAGAAGACAUGAUCUGGUUUAUAUAAAUAAUAAUAGACUGUCAUAUAAUUAGGUGGUUAUAUAGAUUGGGAGUGGUCUUGUGAUUGAUUAGAAAAGAAAUGUUUCUCUGUAAUUUUGGAAAAUAAUUUUUAAAAUGACUGUUCUAGGUAUACUCAUCCUUAAUGGUACUUAUUUGUACCAGGGAAACAAUAUUAGAUGAAACAGUAUACAGGUAGCAGUUAGUUCCAUAGGAACUAUCUUUAAAAUGUUAGAAAUGCAACAGUGUUAAGUGGAAUUUAGUUAUAAGGCAUAAUGACUUUAUUACAAAACUGUAUUGUUUGGAAUAUAUUUAUAUGAGUUCAGCCUUAAAUGUGGGAAUUUUUUUUCCAAAUUUUAUAUGAAUGCUUUCCUAAGUAUACAUGCCUGAAAUUUUCUUCUGCUUCUUUGUGGUAAUUGAUCAGGCAUGCUUUUUGGAAGAGAAAAAAAAAACCAAAAAAUUAAACAUAUCUAAAGUAGA